AAACUAUUUUGUUUCACAUUUUCCGCACGUUGACGUUUUCACUGUACUUCACGUCUAACAUUGUAGCAGGCGUUUUACGGCGUGUCUCGUUGUAAACAUAAGCCCGGUAUUGUGUGGACCAUGGAUGAGCAUGUCGUCGCUAUGUGUGAGCAGCUUAUCAAGGCUGUGAACGUGACCAUGAAUGCCGAAUCGAGUCAAAUAUACCGACUGGAGGCCCUAAAGUUUUUCGAGGAGUUUAAAGAGAAAAGCCUCCUGUGUGUCCCGUGUGCCUUACAUCUAGCAGACAAAACCCAGCCAGCUGUAAUCAGGCACUUUGGCUUGCAAAUCUUUGAACACGUCAUCAAGUUCCGAUGGAACGAUAUGCAACAACAAGAGAAAAUCCAGGUUAAAGACUGUACCAUGCAGCUUUUGUUAAAAGGUACGCAUCCGAUCCUAGAGGAGGAAAGCUAUGUCAAAGAUGUGCUCUCACGAGUGGUGGUGGAAAUGAUCAAGAGGGAAUGGCCGCAGAAUUGGCUGAAUAUGCUGGAGGAGAUGGAAACUGUUGCAAGCGUAGGGGAGGCCCAAACGGAGCUUGUGAUGCUAAUUCUGCUGAGGCUGGCGGAGGAUGUGAUCACCUUCCAGACGCUGCCUCAACAGCGGCGCCGAGACAUCCAGCAGACACUUUCGCAGAACAUGCACAGCAUCUUCAGAUUCCUCAUGGCCAUUCUGCACCAAAAUAUCGAAGAGUACCGAAAAGUGAAAGGGUCGCCACAGAAUGAAAUGAAGGCCAGGGCUCACUGCAGAGUCGCUGUGGCAACACUGAGAACGCUGGCCGGCUACAUCGACUGGGUGUUUCUGGUGUACAUCACGUCUGGCAACUGCCGUCUACUGGAGAGCUUGUGUCUGCUGCUGAGCGAGCCGGAGCUACAGUUGGAAGCGGCCGAGUGUCUCCUUAUUGCCAUCAGUCGCAAGGGAAAGCUGGAGGAUAGGAAGCAGUUCAUGCUGCUGUUCGAUGACGUCGCCAUUAAUUAUAUUCUUUCUGCAGCCCAGUCAGCUGACGGUCCUGCCUCCUCUGAAACACAACCAGUUGAGGUGGUUGAGCGGCGCUACGUGUUCCUCAAGAGGUUGUGUCAAGUGCUGUGCGCACUGGGAAAUCAGCUCAUCUCAUUGGUGGGUUCCGAUGUCAAAGUGGGUGUUCCUGCAAACCUCAGCAAGUACUUGGAAGCCUUGUUGGCUUUCACAACACAUUCCAGCCUGUUUCUGAGGUCGUCCACUCUGCCCACGUGGGCGUCCAUCUUCAAACAUGAGACCCUCUCCCAGGAGCCCGUUGUUGUCGAAAUGACCAUCAAGUUCCUCCGAACGGCCAUAAACAACCUCGUCAAGAUGGGUUUUCCCACCAGGAACGAUCACCCAAGUUGUCAAUACUCGCGUGUGGACUUUGACAGCGACGAGGACUUCACCGCUUUCUUUAAUUCGUUCCGGUCACACCUUGGAGAGGGCGUGAGGUGUGCAAGUCGCCUCGUUCCCUUGGAGGCUUUUCAGAUGGCUGCAAUGUGGCUGCAACACCAGCUGGGCAAUGCCACACCUCGGGACGAGGGGCUGUGCCCACGCUUUUCUGCGCCAGUGCUGGAGUGGGACGCCAUGACCGUGUUCAUGGAGUGUGUGGUGCCUCAGGUCCUCAAGAGCCUCGAGGAAGAGAAAUUACCGGUAGACGGGAGCGUGGAGCUGCUGCAGGCCGUGCUGGGCUACGACACCAAAGAUCCUCCCAUCGUGUCCUGCUUGCUCACCAACAUGUCCACGCUCUUCCCCUUCGUCAAACACAGACCCCAGUUCCUGCCUCAGGUCCUUUGCAAGCUGUUUGAAACCAUUACAUUUGGAUCUGUUCCGGAUUUUAAGACACCACGCAGCCGAGCCGUAAACAACGCGAGGAGGCACGCCUGCUCGUCCAUUAUCAAGAUUUGCCGGGAUUAUCCACAGUUGGUCUUGCCUUGCUUCGACAUGUUUUACAACCACGCGAAGGAGAUGUUCUCCAGCGACUCCACACUUACGUUUCUGCAGAAGUGCGCCCUGAUGGAGUCUCUGGUCCUCAUCAGUAACGAGUUCAAGGACUAUGAGAAACAAAAGGCUUUCAUAGAUGAGCUGCUGGCCUCCGUGAUUGCCGACUGGACUUCGGAUGCCAUGAAGCAAGUGCUUUCCAAUCCGGCCAUGUUCCUAUCCUUCGUUGGAGCUGAUCAAGUAGUCAACGAGCAGCACCAAGAGGCGGAGGCUGCCGGGAUCAAUAGGGGGAGGCUGGGCUUCUGUUUGAACGCCAUGCUGGCCGCGGUGAAGCGGGCGCGCUGGCCUGCGGACCCGGAAGCAGCCAAGGCCGGAGGCUUCUUUGUGGGCCACACGCUGUUGGGCUCACCCAUUUACAGAAACCCCUGCGCUGCCCAGUUUUUAGCCUUCCUGCCCAACCUCCUGGCUCUCCUCAAAACCCAAAACAGUUUAUUUACGCCGGAGAACAAAGCACGCUUGAGUGAGACGUUUACCAGAGCGCACGAGCUGACGAACGGAGAGAGGAAUGUGGUUCUCGGUCUGAUUAAUUCUAUUCAGGAUUCGUAUGACGCACCUUCCUUUAAAACAAACGCGGAACGCAUGCAGUUCUUUUUUGCCCAGCUGUACGACCACAGUUUCCAACUCCUGGGAAACGGAGGACUUUCGCUGCAGCAAGAGUUUUACAACAUUGACAGGCUGGCCGAGGAACUCUCCGCCUCGACUUUCUUCUCCCUCGACCACGUACCAGAUUACAGACUUCGCCCUGUCAUUCGGUUGUUUCUAAAGCAGAUGGUGCUGUCGUGUCCCGCGGAAUACAACGACAGUGUCCUCUGCCCCCUGCUCGGCCCGCUCUUCAGCUACAUUCUGCAGCGUUUAAACAUGAAGUGGCAAGUUAUUAUCCAGAGGGCUUCUGCCAAUGGUGAGGAGGAGGAGGAAGAGGAGGAGGUAGUGUGUCAGGAGAGUCAGGUGACACAGGAGAUGUUGGAAGAGCAGCUGGUGCGCCUUCUCACCAGGGACGUGCUGGAUUUCAUCACCGCAACCUGCAUUUCCCGAAAAUUGCCCGAGCCGGCUGCCAGUAAGGAAGAAAUAGAAGAGGAGGACGUGAUGAUGGAUGCAACGCAGGCAUCAUCCGCUGCCCCGGCCACAGAUGAGCUCACCGAACUGGGGAAAAGCCUAAUGAAGGAUGAGAACAUCUACAUGACCCUGUUGUCGUUUUCAUUCACCUCGCUCUCGUGGAAGGACGCCACGUACUGUAACCGCACGGCGUCCUUCAUCUGCUGGACCCUUCUGCGGCAGGUGAUGGGCUGUAACCUUCUUCCGGAGGCGGUCUCUUGGUUCUUCGUCAGCGUCCUCAAGGGCCUCCAGAUGCACGGGCAGCAUGAGGUCUGCAACGCCAGCCUCUCUCAGCUGGCCAUGCAAAUCUACGACAACCUGCGCCCCCGCUACGUGGAACUGAGGACGGUGAUGAACCAGAUACCCAACAUCAAUAUGGAGUCUCUGGAAACGUAUGACCACAGGCUGCUGGAGUCCAACGCGAAGAUCGGCGAGAAGAAGAGGAAAGACAAGUUCAGGAAGCUCAUCGCUGGAACCGUUGGGAAAGCUCUGUGCCAGCAGUUCAGGAAAGAAGUCCACAUCCGGAAUCUUCCUUCUCUCUACAAGAAGGUGAAGCCAGACAAGGAUGUGCUGAGCACCGAUGAGACGACCGGGAUUACGGCACUCUUCGACUCGGAGAAUCACUUUUUGUAGGAGGAAGAGUAGGCCACAUCUUCUCUAAUGAACUCUUUCUGGACACGAGGUGUGCUGCAACCAAUAUAUUGUUAACUUAAAAGUCUAAUUGCCUGCGUCGUUUUUGAACAUUUUCGUAAAACAACAAAAACUCAGCUAAAAGGUCCAGUCACCUCAACUCAACCUUUGCGGAUUACUUGGACGGUUUAGAAUCGACACAGACAUGAAUAAAAGUAAUUUUAGUAAACACAUUUAUUUUUUUAUUGAUUUGUGACAGUAUGUUCAAAAUGACUUGGGCAAUUAUGCUGUUAGGCAAAUUAUAUCUUGUCAACAUCUCACUCCUGCUGCUUAUGAUUACUCUCACUCUUACACAGCAUGUUUUGUAACUACAAAACAAGCGAAUUUUCAUGAGGAGUAAUAUUUUCCUCUUAUCCACACUAGUCAGCUUUAAUGUGCUCACAUUGUUUAGUAUCAAAAUUGUCAUUACGGUGUGUUAUAUGGAAAACAAAGGUGGCACGGUGCACACUUUUUUCCCCGCAAUUGGAUUAAUUAAUAGUUCUGGAUUAUCUGUUAUUUGGUACCUCAUGUAGGAAGUUUACUAUAAUGGAUGUUUAAUGGAAAUCGUUUAAUAGUGAAAUAAGCUUUUCUGUAUUGUAUAUUAUGUACAGUACUUGGUAUUGGUCAGUUGUUAUCAGCGCCCCAAGUACUAAUUUAUGUUCUGUCAUGUUUUGUUUCAUUAUGUGCCUCAUGUUUAAACCAAGCCACAUUACAAACGGUAGACAAUUGUGUUCAUGAUAUUAAAAAAAAAAAGGAACCGGUGAUACAUUCCAAGGAAUUGUUUUUAGCGUAUUAUAUUCAUUUGAUGUGGUCUGCUUCUGAUGAGCUGUGAAAGUAAGGAUUAUUUGUUUUUUCAUUUUGUAGAUUUAGCACUUUUGAUUUUUUUUUUCCCCCUUCACUUUUUUUUGUAAGCAUGCAGAAAGAAACACGCAGCUCGAACCUUUGUUCCCCCCGAAAAAGUGACUCGGACCCUUGGAACAUUCACAACUGUCUCUGUGGUAAUUGCUUGUAACACUAAAAUUUGGAAGAAAAAAACAAAGGGGAAAAGCCUCUGUAAACGUUUAGUGUGGUUGAUAGUUUGCUUUUGAAUAAAAAAAAACUGUUUUGUCCUCUCGUGCAGAAAAUGUAUUUAAAUGUUAAAACAGGUUUUAAAGUACAUUUAAAAUACCGAUUUUGGGAUUGAAUGUUUUUAGAAACAAACUUCAAGAUCAAGAGUGAAUUAUGUGGAAGCGUGUCAUUUAAUCACAAACAUUACAGUUGCAGGUUUUUGUUUAUGUACACAAAUGAAAAUUAUGAGUGAACAAUUCUGGUUUAAAUCCUUUACAUUUCAAAACAUUUAGAUUUUCUACUUUUGAAGUUGUCAAUAUAGGCUUAUUACAAUGUUUAAACUUUUUGAAUGAUGACACAAUGUAAAAAAAAAAAAAAAAUUAAUAUCUAGGAGAAGUACUUUGGCCACCUCUCAACUCCAGGAAGUCAAAGCCAAAAUUCUAAUGCCAAACUGCAAAACUGUGACAUGAUAACCACUAUUUCACAGAUACAACCAUAACGUUUUGCUGUACUUCUUGAUGAGUUGUACGAGUAUGACUAGUGGUACACAGGCUCCUAGUAGAAUGUGAAACAAUCGCUGAAUGAAAUAUUCAUACUAUGCAUGACUUUACAGUGUUUAAUUUUUUCUUAAUCCAUUAAAGUACACAACAUUUUAGUACAAUUCAGUCGUCUUUAACUUUUGAGUAAAAUUGACAUGCUAUCAUUUUUAAGUUUUUGUUUUAUAUGUUUAUAUCUUUUCACUUUCAUCUCAUUUUAAUUGAAUCAUUUAAGUACAAUUGGUGAAGAAACAAUCCAAAUAUUUUAAUGUUUGUCGUGAUGGUGCCUGGAGGGUCAAGUAUUUUAAGGUAUUCUAAAGAGCUACCUCCUUCAUAUUAGAAAACGAACACUAAAAUGUUCUCAAACAUUGCAAAUUUAUUCAUUAAAACACAUUUUUCAUCUCGAACAAAUAUGUAAUGUGGAAAAGCAUUUUUGAGGUGGUAUUCGUGUAAAAAUUGAGAACGGCUCAACUUAAACCUUGACUUUUACUCCAUCCACGACCACCUUGACGGCAACAACCGCGGUUGCUUGGCAACUACGACAUUUCCGGUCAAACCAGCUAAUAGUACGCAGGUGUGUUUAACUUGCCUACAAGUCUUCCAAACUCGCUUUUCUGGCCCAUGCUAGGGGAACAUGCCAACUGAACGUAAGUUCGGUUCGACAUGUUCGUGAAGGUGUGUUUAUUACUCGUAUUUGGGUGUCUUUUUGGAACCGUUAUGACUGGCCGUCGAGCCAAGAUGCCGGGUGAGCCCCACCACCUGCCGGUGGGCAGCCUCCGAGUGGUGGUGGAGUGCGGCGGCGGCUCGCUUCGCCGUGGCCGAAUUCAACGGAGUCACGACUUACCGAGGAACACUUUCUUGAAAACGUCAGACAAAGUUCAGUGGCCCCACCUACCCCUUCAUCCCGUCGAGGAGGCAGUCCCAAGAAGAAGGAAGAGAGGAACAGGGGAGGGGUCGGCUCCCCUCCCCUCAGCCCCCAUUGACACACAUACAUACUCACUUCUUCCUGGCUCAUACAUGCACUCUGCUCCAUGAGGGGAGCAGCGGCUGAGGAGGGAGCGAGAGAGAGAGAGAACACGCCAGCGUCUGCAGGUGUCCCACCCUCCAGCUCCUUUUCCUCCUCAUGGAUGCUUCAUGACGUGUGUGCCAUGGAGGGAAGCCAAAAUGGAACGAUGCAAGGCUAAAGUCGCUCCCAGCAAACCGAGUGAGCGUGAUUGUUUAAAAGUGCUGGCAGUGGGUCAAAGGUUGGAGGCAGGCGAGUGGUGACCUCACAGAGAGGCCAGAGUGACAUCUGACCCCUAACUGGGCGUGCGGUCCAACCCUGGAGGAUACAACGCAACAAUAGCCAGGCACGUGCCUUGGCCUGGUCACCAUGGUAACAAAGGACCUUUUGGCAUGAGAGGGCAAAAGACGGUGUGGGGUGGGGUGUAUCGGUCGUAGCUGUCCCUUCAUUGUGAUCAGUGUUAACCAUCUGCUGCCAAUUGACGUGGAUGCGUAGGACACAUCCUCGCCACCAUUGAAGUGGCUGACUGGGUAAUCUCUGCAGGCAACUGUGAAGGUGCUUUUUAUUCUCACAAUCACCUGGAGAGAUUCUGCAGUUUGUCUCACAAUUGUGGCUUGAUCGUCAUCAUCACUCUGUCGAGAUUGCACCGUGCAAAACCUUCAGCCAGCAUGGGCUAAUGGAAGAUUAUUAAACGCAGGCAGACAACAACAGAGUUGCUACAGAGCUGCACUGAAUCAAUGGGGGUCCUUUCUUAGAUUUAUUUUAUUAUCCAGUCAGAUUGCAGCUUUUGUGUUGCAAUGUCAAUUUAAUCUACCUAAGACCUCCACAAUCAGUAGUGCUGCUGAUGUGAUUUAGACUAUAUUCGGAAAACAUGCAAGCAUCUGCUUACAUUAAAGGGACCAUUAUCAUACUCAACUCA